GAAUUGGAGACACAGGUCACGUGGUAUCAUCAUUUUUGAUAGGUGUCGUACAUUGCUGUGUUGGGCAAUAUAGGGACUCUUUCACUACGACACAAAGACCACUUGGCGGCCUGUAGUAAUAUCUUUCUAAUUUGUGGUCUGUAGUAAUAAGUAGUCUUCGUUUGUGCAUAUAAUUAUCAUAUCGGCUUAAAUUCAACAAAGCAAGCCGUACGCGCAUUGACUUACAAUUAUAAGUCAAUGCGUACGCGUGACAAGUUUUAAAAUAAAACACAAAGUACAAUGAAUUUGAAAAUACUUUCAGGUAAAAAUAUAAAAGUUGUCCUAGCAGUAUCUGUUGUGUUAGUAGGUUGUUUAUUUCAUGAGAAGUUACAGUCAAUAUACAGUACUUUUAUGACAUUUAACAAACAUAAAGUUACUGGUGUGUUCCACCAGGAAGAGUUGACUCAGUUUAAUGGAAUACAAAAUAAGAAACUGUAUCUCGUCCUCUUGGGGUCUAUUUUCGAUGUCACAAAAGGGAGAGAACAUUAUGGAAAAGGUGCAUCAUAUAAUUAUUUUAUAGGCAAAGAUGGUUCAAGAUCCUUUAUCACAGGCAACUUCCAAGAUGAGAGCAACAACAAGGAUCAUGUAUUGGACCUCACAUGCAAUCAAUUGUCCUCACUACAGGAUUGGGAACAUACUUUUAGAUCAAAAUAUAAAUAUGUUGGAGUUCUUGUUGGAAGGUAUUACAAUGAUGAUGGCAAACCAACUGAAUAUUCCAAUGAACUAGAUCUAAGAUUAGAGAAGUGCAAGAUUGAGAAGGAAAUGGCCAAGCAAGAUGAAUUAAAAUAUCCUCCAUGCAAUAUGGAGUGGAGUGCUGACCAAGGUAGCAGAGUCUGGUGUACUAAGACGAGCGGUGGUAUUGCAAGAAGUUGGGUGGGUGUACCUCGUCAGCUCUAUACUCCUGGUGAGAAGCGACCUCGCUGUGCUUGUGUGGACCUUGAGCAUGACCAUUCUUCAGCUUUGCUAAACGAAUACGAUAAUUGCACACCUUUUUCUACCUCAUGUGUUUUAGAAAGUAAUUAGUGUAGUGUAAUACAGAAGAUAUGCUAAAAAGCAAUUUGUAUUACUGUUGUAAUUUUAACUUUUCUGGAUUUUCCAUUACAAUAUUUUAUGCUGUUAGGAAUUUGAUCUGUUGUUAUUACCAUUAUAAUUAUAACAACCGAUUCACAGAGUCCAGGGUCUGACAAAUCAAUUUUUCAUUUCAUGGAAAUCUGUUUUACAUAUAAGUCUCUCACAAAUUCAAAUAAUGUUUUUGAUAUUUUCAAGCAUAUAUUGUAACUAUGAAAUAGAGAGACAUUGAAUUCUGGCUAAAACAAGGAUUUGGUCUAGAAGGAUUUUUUUUUUUUGUAUUUAUUAUGGCAUAGGAUAUGCAAAACUUUCCGAGCUGGAAGGCUGACUCCUCUUGAAGCGGAGCGAAAUUAAACAUUAACUAAUUGUCAACUAUCCAAAAAUAUUGAAAAAUCCACAUAAUAAACUUUAUUGGCAAAAACUUUAUUUUGUUGCUGGACAAAGUAUUAUUAGUAGAGAAGUUUAGUAAGUGAAUUAAUUUUGAGCAAAAGUUCAUGGUAGAGGUCACACAAACUUUUUGUAUCAUAGACCACAUGCCAAUUCCAUUUGUCUUUCUAUAAUCACUUUGAUAAGUUCAACUGUGUAGUGAAGAACUUAAAAAAUAUAUGUAUAGAUAAUCUUAACUAAUCUGUUUAUGGAAAGCCAAAAUUUUGGUCAUAAACUAUCUAAUGGUAUCCACUCUCAUGCACCUGCAUUUACUCCAGUCUUCAACUUUUUUUUAUAUUAUGAGUAUAAACUAUUAUUGUUCGUAAUUAUAGAUUAUUGGGGACUGAGAUUACUUGGGUAAUCAUCGGUCUAUAGUCAUAAAUGCAGGAUCAAUAUGUUGUGAUAAAUUUUGUAGAACAUUCCAUUUUGGCAUUUUAAACAUAUAACAUCAUUGACUUACAAUUAUAUGGACGUCGGGUCCGAACCGGGUGUCCGAACUUAUAGGGCGUUAAAAUCGUAUACAGAGCGUCAUUCACGUUUUAGUCUUCGUUUGUUCGACUGA